GUUCAUCGAUUGAGCAUGUCUCAGCCUCCGCCUUACGGAGGGCCUCCAUCCGUCAACCCAGAUAGACGAGAACUCCCUACAGGAUGGGUUGCUCGCUAUGACGAUCAUUAUCGGCAAUGGUAUUACGUAGAUACUCGCCCGUCGCCGCCACGAUCGUCUUGGGAGCAUCCUCUCGGUCCUCCCGCUGCGCCGCCUCCACAAGCCAGUUAUGCACCACCCCCGAGCCAGUCUCCUCCGGAUCGCAAUUUUCAGAGCGGUGGUGCCGGAUACCCGCAACAACAACAGUGGAACCAGCCACCACAGGGUCAAGGCGGCGGAUGGAACGGCUCUGGUGGGUACCAGGGCGGCGGAAAUUAUCAGGGCAGUGGGUAUCCGUACGGGGGUCAGCCUGGCUAUCCAGCGCAAGGGCAAGGGUGGUCGGGGCCACAGCAGGGGUACGGUGGUCCUGCAACUCAAGGUAGCUGGAGCGGUCAACAGGGGAACUGGCAAUCUCCACCACAGCAAGGCUAUUAUGGCGGACAGCCUCAGCCGCCGGUGCAGCAGCAGGCGUCACGAGGAAGAGGCGGCGGUAUCGGGCUGGGAACGGCAGCUCUUAUCGGCGGUGGGGGUUUACUCGCUGGCGGUUUGAUUGCGGAGGCCGUCGACAGCCACGAGGACCGCGAAGAGCAAGAGGCGUACCAAGACGGGUAUCAAGAUGGCCAGAACAACGAUUUCGGCGGUGGCGGUGGCGGAUUUGACGGAGGAUUUGACGACGGCGGUUGGUGAAGGAUGUUCUCACUAUUCAUCGUGCCUUCUAUUUCUCAUCUGGCUCUUUCUUUCCUCCAUGAUUUGCGCGUCAGUGCAGAUUAGCCCGGCUCGUCUCGUGUCGUGAACCUGUGACAUUUCUCUGUCCUACAUAUCUGAAUCAAUAUAUGUACCUGUAUGGCAUAUCCUGGCAUAUUGAAUUUAAAUCUUUUUAGAAGCUG